CCGGCUUCCGGGUUGUUAUUGUGUCUGUGUCCUGGGACCGGUUGAGAAAGAAGAGGAACCCCAGGAUAAAGGGGGCGCUGCUGAAUAUUUAUUUCUGAUAACACAACAUCCUAUUUGUACGUCAUAAUGACUAAAAUCCCGGCAGAUCUCCGGGUUGAUUUGGAGCGAAGUCUUCCAGCCAUUGCUUCUAUGAACUCAUCCUUUAGCCAAAGCCAGACCUUGUCACCCCAUUACUUUCUGUCUUCUGAGAAUCGCAGGGUCAUCUCUGACGUACGCCGGACCUUUUGCUUAUUUGUCACCUUUGACCUGCUGUUCAUUUCACUUUUGUGGAUUAUUGAGCUAAACACCAAUAAUGGCAUUGAAAAGAACUUGGAAAAUGAGAUCUUGCAUUACAAUUUUGGAAACUCUUUCUUUGACAUAUUUCUACUGGCUGUUUUCCGUUUCUCUGGCUUGCUUCUUGGUUAUGCCAUCCUACGUCUUCGUCACUGGUGGGUCAUAGCGAUCACCACGCUUGUGACAAGCGCAUUUCUCAUAGUAAAGGUCAUCAUGUCAGAGCUGCUGUCUAAGGGAGCAUUUGGGUACCUGCUUCCUAUUAUGUCUUUUGUGUUGGCCUGGCUGGAAACCUGGUUCCUUGACUUUAAGGUUCUAACCCAAGAGGCAGAAGAGGAAAGAUGGUACUUGGCUGCUCAGGCAGCUGCUGCCUAUCCUUCUCAUCCCUAUACAGGAGCACUCUCUGAUGGUCAGUUCUACUCCCCUCCUGAGUCCUUUGCAGGGUCAGAUCAGGAGUCUGAUGAUGAAGAUGCUGCUGGCAGGAAAGCUGUAACCGCUCAGGAGCGCGAGUAUGUGCGACAGGGUAAGGAGGCCUUGGAGCUGGUGGAACAGAUCAUGCGACAGGAGAACAGCUGGAAGUUUGAGAAGAGCAAUGAUUCGGGAGAUGUGGUUUACACCUUAGAUAUACCCUUCCAUGGAAAGACUUUCAUUCUGAAGACCCUCAUACAGUGUCCUGCUGAAAUCGUAUACCAAGAAGUUAUUCUCCAGCCUGAGAAGAUGGUCUUAUGGAACAGGACAAUAGCUCUAUGUCAGGUCCUACAGAGAGUUGAUGACAACACACUGGUAUCUUAUGAUGUGUCUGCGGGAGCUGCAGGAGGUGUGGUGUCUCCAAGAGAUUUUGUAAAUGUUCGACGAAUUGAGAGAAGAAAAGACCGAUACAUUUCUGUUGGUAUCGCAACUACACACAGUGCACGGCCCCCACUCACAAAAUAUGUUCGGGGAGAAAAUGGCCCAGGAGGGUUUAUAGUUCUAAAAUCUUCCAGGAAUCCUUCUGUCUGCACUUUUAUCUGGAUCCUCAACACAGACCUCAAGGGUCGGGUACCUCGCUAUCUCGUUCACCAGAGCCUAGCAGCCACCAUGUUUGAAUUCUGCAGCCACCUACGCAAGAGGGUCUGGGAUGUCCAUGGUGGAACUGCAUGAAUGCCUUGUUUCUUUGUGUUCCAUGCUACAGAGCUGGCUAUCUGCAGCAUGCCAUGCUACAGCUUUUGCACUGACAAGAAACCAACAGACAAGGGCUACAUUUCAACCUCAAGUAACUCAAGGUUAACAGGACCACUCACUCUUCCCAAACCACCUGGAACAUAAAAGAUGCUUGCAGGCUCUAAUAUCCAUUUGUAUCCCUUAUUUCAGGGAAGGUAUUUGUCCCUUAUGCCAAACUGGAGAUGAGUGGAUCACUUAUAUCUUAGGUUAUUUCAUGAAAUCGUUUGGCACAGACGCUUCCGACACAGAAGAGGAAAACCUAACAUUAGAGAUCUAGGAUGCAGUGAUAGUUACAACCUAAUCAAACUUUUUACUGACCAAUGGUGCUUUUGCAGGUUAAAGUGGGUUAACCCCAUGCUGGCCAUGGUUGAUUGGAAGAAACACCCUAAAAUCAGAGGUGAGGGGUUUAAUAAUAGAAGAUUGACUCAAAGAGCAGAAAGUUUUGUUUUUCCCCUACGGAGCUGUGGAUGGAUGAGGUAAAGAGGGGUUCAGCACAUAAUUUUGAAGACUGUUCACGGAUAUCUUUUUUUUUUUUUAUAACUGCAUUUUAUUAUUUUAGUGAAAAAUAACGCAAUGCACCUCAAUUUCUUGGGAUGUUCACAACCUUAAGACUACUGGAUUUCACAUUUUGUUUUAUUCAAGAGGCCUCUUUUUAACCAAUUCAGUCUACUCUGCUCAGUUUUGAACCCUUCUAGCCCUGAAUUUAACAUUUUCUUUUAUUGGACAGUGGUUAGCCUAAGGAACUUUCCAAUUAUUUAUUAACCACUACCCGGUCUGACAUACAUGCUCAGCCCUAGAUGCAAAUGUAUUAACCCUUCUGGCUAAUGGUAAGGAGGAUAUGAUGGUAUGAAUGACUUUUCUUUUUUUCCCAGUUUCAUUUAAUUUUCAUAUGUUUUUGCUAUUUUUUUUUCUUUUCUAAUAGACAAUGUAAAACGAAAAAACUUGACCUUUAAAUAAAUAAGAAAUUAAAUCUC